UCUAUUUUUUUUUCUAUCUUCAACUUUCUUCUUUCUCUCUUACAAUAUUAAUAUUAAUAAUAAUAAUAAUAAUCUCUACGAUCCCAAAUCAAAACCGCUUUUACCUUAACCGAAAUUCACCACUCUCACAGAUCUCUCUCAAUCUCAUAUCCAUCAAGCUCGUUUAUUCCCUUUUUCUCCAAUCGCUUCUUUAGGGUUUCUACGAACCACUUUCCUUUCUUCUCAUUUAAGGUGAACUUCUCGGUUAUGUUUGAGACUUUGAGUUUGAUUGCUCAAUAAUUAGGAAUAGUUGUGAAAUGUGGUGAUGAAUGGUCAAAAACAAUGGAAGAAAACUACUGUUUUGUAUGAAAUAUGCUAAUGAGAAUGGUGUUUUGGAUGAGUGGCAGCAUACAGUUAUAGCUAUAAUUUGUUAUGAGAUACCGGUGUCCUUAAUUUUUAUUAUGAAUAAGGGUUGAUAAUGUUGAAAUGAUGAUAAUGAGAUGGGUUGUCGGGAAUUUUCUGCUACAAGAAAGUCAUUUUAAAUAUAUCACUGUAUGUAAUUCCUGAAUGGUUUAAUAACAUUUAAGGAAGAGUUCAAUCCUGCUCUCCUCCUCUGAAAUUUAGUGGCCUUUCAAUUGGCUUGAAUGACCGUGUUGCGACAACCAGCCUAUGACUUCAAGCAUGUUGGGUGGGGAGCGAAGGUGGACCUCUUCCACCAGAAGAGGUGGUAUGACUGUGUUAGGGAAAGUUGCAGUUCCAAAACCUAUAAACUUACCUAGUCAGAGGUUAGAAAAUCAUGGUCUGGACCCAAAUGUGGAGAUUGUACCCAAGGGUACCCUUGGCUGGGGCAGUAAAUCAUCAUCUCCUGCAUCAAAUGCAUGGGGGGGUUCUUCUCUGUCUCCCCCAAAUGCCAAUGCUGGGGCUAGUUCGCCCAGUCAUCUCAGUGCCCGUCCAUCAUCUGGUGGAAGUGGCACGCGACCUUCAACUUCUGGCAGUGAUAGGGCUUCCGAAGUAACUACUAGUGCAUGGGGGUCAAGCUCCCGGCCUUCAUCAGCAUCGGGGCCACCAACAUCAAAUCAGUCUUCACAGACAUCAUUGCGUCCUCGCAGUGCUGAAACAAGACCUGGUAGUUCACAAUUAUCAAGAUUUGCUGAAAAUGUGGCUGAAAAUUCAGUAGCUUGGAGUGGAUCUAGAACUACAGUGACACUGGGAAUUACACAACGCAAGAAUGAUGAUUUUUCUUUGAGCACUGGAGAUUUUCCGACUCUUGGUUCCGAGAAGGACAAAUCUGUACAUGAUGUUGAGUUGCAAGAUCAUGGUUCUCAUAUUCGGCCAGGCUCAUCUUCUGGACUUGGGAAAGAGAAAAAUGAGACCUCAACUGUCGAUGAUUGUCAUGCUAAUGCGAAGGGUGAAAUUGUAAAUUCAUGGAGAAGAGACUAUCAGGCUUUCAAUGAGGAUUGUAUGAGGCCUGGAAUAGAGAAAUGGCAUGGGAAUCUCCAGCCUUAUCCUAAUGCUGUUAUUCCACCUCAGCACUUUGAUGUUUGGCGUGGUUCUCCAGUAAAUAACCAUCGUGAUAUUUGGUUCAGAGGUCCACCUAAUGGUCCUCCUUUUGGAACUCAUGUUGCUCCAGGUGGCUUUCCAAUUGAACCAUUUCCAUUUUAUCGUCCACAAUUUCCACCUACCGGUCAUGCUAAUCCACCUCAAGUUCCUCCUCCUGGAAGCGGUCCAAGAGGGCAGCAUAAUAAUGGAGAAAUCUACAGGCCUCAUAUGCCUGAUGCUUACAUUCCUCCAGGUAUGCCAUUGAGACCUGGUUUUUUUCCUGGCCCAAUGGCCUAUGAAGGCUACUAUGGUCCUCCAAUGGGCUAUUGUAAUUCAAACGAACGAGAUGUCCCUUUCAUGGGAAUGGCAGCUGGAGCCUCUGUUUAUAAUAGGAACCCAAGUCAGAAUCCUCCUGAGCCUGGCAAUUCACAUGGUAGGUCUGGUGGACAUGAUCCUGCAGCGAAGUCAUUGGCCUCAGAACCGGUAGAAUCCAGUCAUACUCCUGAUACUGUCGGACCCUACAGGGUUCUUCUUAAGCAACACAACAAGUGGGAUGGAAAAAAUGAACCAACAAAGGAUUCAUUAACAACAAAUACAUCAUUUGUCAAUGCGAGGGACCAACCGACAAUGUCUGUCCAAGAGAAUGAUCAUAUUAGGAACACGGAGAUGGAUUUAAGGAGGACAAGUGCUCAUGGCAAAGAAGCUUCUUCUCAAACAUUGGGAAAUCAAGGAUCUAGUUUGGUCAAUAAUGCCAAAUCACUUGAAAACACAGAAAGCUUUAAUAAAUUUGAUAAUAUUGCGGCAAGGAAAAGGGAUGGUGUAGCUUCUAAUACACUAGAAACUUCCCCAAGAUUGCCCACCCCUAAAGAUUCCUCUCUGAUUCAGAAAAUUGAGGGUUUAAAUGCAAAAGCCAGGGAUAGUUCAUCUACUAAAAGUAAAGAGGAGAGGAGGAAUAAGUUUCAUGCUGGUAGCCAUGCAGAAAAUGAAUUCGGUGCUGGUGUUGUGUUUCCUGAGACAACCGUUGCCACUGAAGUUAAAAAUCCAACUGCUCGUGGAGUGAGUGCUUUUGGAGGCGAAAAUAGUUUUGAAUCAUCAUCUCUCGGUGGAACAGCUACAUCUAGGCAUAUUUCUCAUGGCAUGCAAGGAAGAGGCAAUCAUCGUAAAGGAAGACUCGAUACUCAAGAUGCUGAUGAUUGGCGAAAGAAAUCUGGGGUCAUAGAUUCUUCAACUUCAUCAGGUGCUGCACAGUUGGAUUCUUCUAACAUUCUUGUUGGUGAGCAUCAAAUAUCUGUUGAUGCGUAUGAAAGGUCCGGGUCCUAUAGCCAAGUUGGGCGUAAAGGAGAAUCUAUGCAAACCUCGGCUGAUAGCCAUGCACAGAAUGCUAAAACAAAAGAGUUAGCCAAGCAACGGACUAAGCAACUGCUGGAGGAAGAGGUUGAGCGGCCUAAAAAGCAAAACCCUAAAAGUCUAGUGAAGUUAGAUGAAGUAAACAGGCGCACACAAGCCGUGGCAGGGUCAACACAGAAAGAUUAUAAUGCAAAUUCUGCCCUACAGAGUAAGCAAGAAGAAUUUCAACCUUCUGAAUCAGCAACAGUAUUGGGCAAAUCUGGAGCAGCCGCUUCAUCUGUAAUGCCUAGUGACAAUGAUGCUUCUCAGAUUAGCGAUACCAACAUAGUUGAAAAACAACCCAUCUUGUCUGGUGAAACACAAACACCUUGUGGUGAUGCCACUAAUGCCUUACAGAUUCACAACAAUGUUGCGUCAAGGCAGAAAAGAGCGAGCUAUAAACAUAAACAUAGUCUUUCUCAAGAGAAGACUUUGAAUGUUUCUACAGCCUCAACUGCCCCAGAAGUUGAGAAUCACACAGUGGCUUAUGUUAGUGUAUCUUCCGGCAUUGCUACUGCCGUGAAUGAAGUUAGUUCAGCCUUUGUCUCUGGCGUACCCAUGAAUUCAACUUCUAUGGUUGAGUCAUCUGUAAACCAGAAAAAGAAGCAUAACAGGAAUAGCAAAAACAAACAGAAAGUUGAAGAGACUUUGUCCUCGGCUACAUUACCAUCGGCAAUACCAAAAGAAGUCAAUCUUUCUAGAAGAUCUGUUGAAAAUAAAUCCAGGGAAGACGUCGAGUUAGAUCAGGGCUCACUUCAGUCAUCGUCCUUACCGAAAGAUUCAAAUCAGUAUUCUGACCAAAGAUAUAUAGAAAAUGAAGAAUCCUACGGUAGAAUGAAUAGCCAGUUGAAAUCACAACAUUCUCGUAGGAUACCAAGAAACAUGCAGGCUAAUAGACAGGCUGAGAAAUCCCAUGGGAGUGAUGGUUUGAUGUGGGCACCUGUUAAACCAUCAAACAAGAUAGAGAUUGUGGAUGAAUCAAGUGAGAAAAGUAAAAUUGAGGCAAUUGUUCCUGCAAAGAGUGAUCAGCAGGUGCAUAAUUCGAAAAAUAAGAGGGCUGAAAUGGAGAGAUAUAUUCCAAAACCUGUUGCAAAAGAAAUGGCUCAGCAAGGAAGUUUACAACAAACGGUGUCCUCAGUAACUCAAGCUCCAACGGAUGACUGUAUUGAAAAAGCUGAUUCAGGCCCUCAAGGCCCCCAGAUAACUCGGCAUGCUAUUUCCGGUGUUGGAAAAGUGGGUUCUGUAAUGGAAUCUAAAAAUGGAGAUAACAGGCAGACCAGGGCUUGGAAGGGAAAAGCACAUGGUUCAUGGCGGCAAAGGAAUUCAACAGAAUCAUAUGAUGUGUAUGACAUGCAAGAUGGAUUGGACCAUGGUUCAAACUCCUAUCAAAAUCUGAUGCCGAUGGAGCGUCAGCAAGUGCAGAUGUCUGAAACAAGCUCGUCGAGAGGAUAUUCUAAGCAUGGUAAUGACACUAGUAAACCUGAUGGCUUAAACAAUUCAGACAAUCAUGAUUCAGCUGUUCCUGUUAUUAAAGAUCAUAAAGCAAUGGUCAGGGAGAGGCAGGUUUCUUUUAGACGACAGAAGGGCACAGGGGUAAAUCAUGAUGUUGAUCAAAAGAAAAAUGCUGGGGACACAAGUAAAACUGAAACAUUGUCAUCAUUGUCUGAGCACAAUCAACCAGAUGACAAUGCUGUUGCAAAAGAAAGUAUGUCAUCUCAUUGGCAACCCAAAUUCCAGGCAUCAAAUAAUCAGAGAGGAAACAGACCCAAGAAAAAGGAGUCUACUCAUGCUGGUGUAUCAUUUCCAGAUGGUCAAGACAAGGAGUCUGGCACUCUUAUAACACAACCUGGCAGCCAAUCAGUUACCGAGACGAGCAAGGGUGGAGAUGCCUCAAAUUUAGGGAAUCUGAAGACUGUAAGAGAGAGUAGAAAUGCUCCACCAAAAGGCUAUCCCCACUCCUCAAAUCAGGUAGCUGCUAGCUCAAGUGAGCAGGCUCCAACAGGUAUGGAUUUUAGGAAUCAGCAACGGCCAUCAUCUGGAGGUCGCAGAAAUGGAAACCAAAAUCGUUAUGGAAGGGGACAUGAAUCUCAGGGAGAUUGGAAAACAGCUGCGCAAGAUGACAUGCAUCAUCAUAACCAUCCUGCUAACCGGCAAAGACAAGGUCCAAACUUUCAUAAUCAUUAUGAGUACCAAACUAAUGGGCCACAUGUUGGUGACAACAAAUCAGACAACUAUGAACGACCUAAAGAUGGUAAUUAUCAGGCUGGGGGAAGAUUUAGAGAGAGAAGUCAAACUCACUUAAGACGAGGCGGUGGAAACUUCUCUGGCCACUAGUUAGAGUGGUAGUUUUGAUUAGAAGCUGUUAAUGAGUAGUUGUUCUAUUUCAAGAUGGUUUUUGUGCUCCAUCAGAAGCCCAUACAUAUAUAUUGGUGCUUUGUUCAGUCAUAUUGGAGUAUAUGUAGUUCAGGUUUUGGAUAAGUUAAGUUUUGAAAGGUAAAUGCAGUUGCAUCAGUUAUGUUCUGAUGGUCGGUAGGCAUUGGGCAGGGAACAAUGAAGAUGACGCCUUCUUUUUUUGGGGCUGGGGAAAAAGUUUGAUGUUCUGUGCCCUGUGAUUUAUUAUUCUUCAUAUGUAUCUGAAUGAAAAUAGUAAUUUAUUUGAUGGCAUGGCUUUUGUUUUUCGUUUCAUCAA